GCCAAGCAAUUGGUGUUGAAUGUGCUGGUGGAGCACAUGGUGGAGAAGGAUAUCAUCACCACGGAGAUGGUGGAAAUGAUACAGGCUUGUGUUACUUACCUUGUGCAGUGGAUUCUAUGGAGAGAAGUCAUGGGAAAUAGCUUGGGAUUUCUCCCAGAGGGAUGGUAAUGCACAGAACACUGUGCAGGAUGGACAUGCAGGUCUUCAAAGAAAGCAGACUGGAAAGGAAGUGGCUGAAGCUGCAUGUCAAGUGCAUCUCACAGCUCAACUUUUCUCACUUCUGUUCUUUGGAUUCUCCCCACUAUUCCACUUGGGGAGGAAGCAACUGAGCAUCUGGUGUGUAGCAGCCCACAAGGGUUAAGCAACAGCAUUGCUGAAGUGUGGAUGGCCAAGUCUGGGAGCUUUGACCGAAAUGUGGAAUUCCUCAAUUUGCUACCCAAGAGGGGUCCUAAUGCCUUCUCAGCCUUCUGUGAAGCUCUGCGAGAAACCCAACAGCAGCAUCUGGAGGCAAUGAUCCUGAAGACAAUGUCCAACCUGAGCCAUGAGAUUGCAAGGCUUGAGCACUGUCACGAGUCAGAUCUUCCAUACCCUGCCAGUGAGUCCUGUAAUUCAAAGAGACCCCGUUGGCUUGAACCAAUGGAACAUUCUUUGGAUAACGGAGAUGGUCCCUCAAUUCCUCCAGUGAAGUAUUGCACUCCUGAAUUUUAUCACAAUCAUCAGCACUUGGCAUACAAGCUGACAUCAGAGCCCCGAGGCUUAGCACUUAUCCUCAGCAAUGUCCGUUUCAGCAGUGAGAAGGACCUGGAAUAUCGUGCAGGGGGAGAUGUGGACUGUGCCUCCCUGGAGAUGCUUUUCAAGCAGCUCGGCUAUCAAGUCACUGUUCUUCGUGAUCAAACUGCACAGGAGAUGCAGAAUGCAUUGGAGAGAUUCUCCAAGCUGCGAGAUCAUCGAGAUGUGGAUUCUUGCAUUAUAGCUCUGCUUUCCCAUGGUGUGGAGGGUGGAGUUUAUGGCAGUGAUGGCAAACUACUAGAGUUGCAGGAGGCUUUCCGGCUCUUUGAUAAUGCAAACUGCCCAAAUCUCCAGAAUAAGCCCAAAAUGUUCUUUAUUCAGGCCUGCCGGGGAGAUGAGUUGGACCGAGGAGUGGACCAAAGAGAUGGCAAAGGAUGGUCAGAUUCCCCUGGCUGUGAGGAGAGUGAUGCGAACAAGGAAGAAAGUCUGAAGCUGCGUCUGCCAACAUGCUCGGAUAUGAUCUGUGGAUAUGCUUGUCUGAAAGGCACUGCGGCCAUGCGAAACACCAAGCGCGGGUCCUGGUACGUCGAGGCUCUCACCUCGGUGUUUGCCGAGGACUCCCGACACACUCACGUGGCUGACAUGCUGGUGAAGGUGAAUAGGCAAAUCAAGCAACGAGAAGGUUAUGCCCCAGGCACAGAAUUUCACCGCUGCAAGGAAAUGUCAGAAUAUUGUAGCACACUCUGUCGGGACCUUUACCUGUUUCCUGGCUAUCUACCAGGAAAAUAACCUUGCCAGCUCUGUUUGAAGAGAGAUACUGCCAAAGCUGAACUUUGACUGUGGAUAUCUGUUUUCACUCUCAUGAGCUGUGACAUCAGAUGUGCAAGCAAGGAAUGCCAGUCUAAUUCUUUGUCUUUUUCUAAAAUAAACUGGCAACUCUCCUUGUAAUCUGACUCAGUUCAGGGUUUAAAAUUCUAAUAUCCCAAUUAACUCUGUAUGUAUAGAAAUUGAUGGAAAGAGGAUCAGCAUCGGAACUGGAAAGACAUGGGAACAUCCUUUGGAAGGAGACAUAAGGACAUUUGUAAACAAAGUGAAUGUGAAAAUGGAAAUGGACUACUUGUACAAUUUCUAAGUUAAGCCUUUCUGAAAGGAAAAUCAUUCAAAAGAUGCUACUUAUCUUAUGCUUGUACUUUUAAAAUUUUAAAUACUUUCUGCAUGGUUCUUCAUACAGGACAGUCGACUCCUGUGCACAUUAGAAAAGGGCUCCCUUGUGAAGGAUAAUCCCCUCUUCUCUAAAAUGGAAUGUUAUUGUUCUCAGUACUCAACACCUUCCAUUUUGAUCACUUAAAAGUCUAUUUUUCUACAUUGCUUCUAUAGUCAAGUUACCAAGAGAACUACAAGACAUCCCAGAUUAUCAGCAAAACAUAUAGAGACCCAGACAAAUAUGCCUGCAUAAACUGCCCCAGAAAUAGUUUUGAAUCUAGAAACUCUAGAUUAACUCCCCUUAGUCCCAAGAGCGAACAACUGCAUGGAAUAUUCCUUUUGAGGAAUUUGUUUGCUGUAGUACUUAUAUGUCACAAUAGACAUUCAGUCUAUUCAGUCCACCAACUUCUCAGGAGUUUAUAAAUUGCACUGUACAACUGAAGCCCUGAAACUCUAUGGCCUUGUACAAAAGAAUCUUCUGUCUUUUUAAUUAACAAAAAUAUUCAAGGCAGCUCUUUACAGUCUAAGCAUGGUGCUUGGAUUAUUUAUCACUGCAGUGUUUUUCCCUUUUAAAUGAGAGGGAAGAGUUUUACAUUAUUAACUUGUUCUGUGAGUUUUCUUUCCUUAGCCACGAUGAUUUAAAAGCAUAAUCAAUCACUUCUUUUGGAAAUUUCCUGCACAGUCUCUUCGUGCUGUAAUUUGUGUCUUGCUGUGUCCCAACUGCAGUUACUCCCACUUGAUGUGACAUGGGAGAUGGGCAUUGUUCUCUUUUUGUGGUAGAGCCUAAAUCCUGAGAUACUGGAUUACAUAUGGACUACAGGCUGCUCACUUCAGUCUCCAUCUUCUCCAUUUUGUAGCAUUAAGUUAGCAUAGUUCCUGGCUUUUUUUUAAUGUAAGUAGGCUCUUAAAAUACAUUUUUCAGGACAGAAUUAUGUAUAGGAAGCACAAAGGGAUAUGGAGGGAGGCUGGAAAACUAGGCAUGUGCUCUUUAUAUUAUUCUGCCUAGAAAAUGAAGGCUGUGUUUCUUCCAGCUGACAAAGGUGCAGCAUUAACAUGUAUCUUGCAUUUAUCCUACACACAAUGUGAUGAGCAGAACAAGAAUCAUACUUGCCAAUUGGUGCCUUACUCUGAAGUCUAAUAUACCAGUCUGGGGGCUCCUGUACCUCCCUGGAGUAUAAACACUGUCUUCCUGAGUGCUCCCUCUAUGAAAUGGUGCAAUAGUUUACAGAUAGGUUUAUUGAUGAAGCAGUCCAUUGUGAUGGAUUAAAUUUCUGUAGGAUUGCAUCAAGUUGCAUGAUCACUGCCACUUUUGUAUAUCUUUUUGUAUACUUGUAUUUGACUGCCUUGAGGUGUCAAAAUAAAGAAUUUUUGUUUGAUUAA